AUGGUAGAAAAUCCUGUAGAAAUCAACGAAAAACUUGUUGAAGAAUGGCCUAUUCAAAUCGCUAAAUUUGGCCAAAAGUUAAUAGCAUCUGAAGUACACUAUUACAUAGAAUAUCAAGAAUAUCCUAAUAUAUCAGAAACUAGUUUUGCAAGUGUAUAUAAUGUAUCGGGAUGGGAUGAAGAUGAAGCACAAAAAGCUUUUUCAAUGACUAAUAUCCAGUAUUCUUAUGGAGGUAAUGGUACUACUCAAUUGAACAUAAGUCACACAUCUGUAGAUUUUACUUCAUCACUUUUUAAAAAUAUGUUCAAUGCUAAUGAAAAAUUUUAUGAAAAGGCAACGCUUUGUAUGUUUGAUAAAGCGCAUGAAUACAAAUGCGGAUAUGUUGAUCAAAAUGGAAUAAAGUGUGACGGUGAACCAAAAUUAGGUGAACUUACACAAGUAGUUGGUUCGAUAGUAUCAAAAAAGAAAUUCAUUGGCUGCACUAAAUGGCAAUCUAGAGAAAUAAAUCAUCUUUAUUUAACAAUUCCAAAUAAUGUUGAUUUGGAAUUAUUAGAAAUGAUGUUUAAUAAUCAUUCUUAUUAUUCAUAUGGUAUUGAUUUUGAGAGAGAUGAAUCUGAUGUAAUAGAUAAAUGUUUCACAAUAUGUCCUAAUAACACAUGA